CUGUGAAUAAUCUUCUUCCUCCAUGGAAACUGAUUAUGCAAAUGAUCGUUUGAGCCCCUACCACAUUCUUAAGAUGAUCGUGGCUUUUUCCAAACCGAAGAGAUGAAGGGCCCUAACUAUGCUACCCAGUCUAAAGCCAUGAUCGGUGUUUUGGAAAGUAAGAACAAGUUUGUAUUUCUUGAUGGCACAAUCAAGAAACCAGAUUCCACUGACCCACUUUUUCCUACUUGGAAGAGAUGCAAUGAUUUUGUGUUAUCUGGUGUACGUGCCACCAUAUCUUCACUGAUUCAAGAAAGCAUCGAAGAUAUCACGGAUGCUUCAGUUCUUUGGCAAGAGUACUCAAAGAUAGAUACUCCCAUGGUAAAUUUGUCCCAAUUUAUCAACUUUGUUCUCAUCUUUUUUCAUUGAAACAAGGUGACUCUUCAGUUAGUAGUUACAGAACAAAACUCAAGAAUCUUCUUGACGAGCUGGCUCUUUUUCGACCUAUCUCUCGAUGUCGUUCUACGUGCUAUGCUUAUGACACUGCUAUUGAUCAUAGGUCGGAAGAUGAGACUUUAUACUUUCUUCAAGGGUUGAAUGACAAUUUUGCUGCUACUCGUUCCGAAAUCCUUGGUAUUGAUCCCAUUCCUGUCCUGGACGAGGCAUUUUCAAGGAUUGAAAAAUGAAGAAAGAAAACAACUCAGUAUCAAGGUUCAUACAAAUCCAAAUGCCUUGUCACAACUUCCACAAUCCAAUCCUGCAACCACCUCUCAUACCUCAAACCUUGUUGCUACAGAUAAUAUCAUCACUUCCUCUUCAAUUUCAGGCCGUGUCAAGUUCCUGGACUUCUCUUCCAUAGUGACACACAAAUCUAAAGAACUCAAGGCGGAUCCUGAUUCUGAUGAGUGUUACAAUCUCACUCUAGGACCUUCUUUCAAAGAUGAAUCCUAUAACAAAUACUGCACUCUACGGUAUGAAUUUAAGCCUCAGUCAGCUGAUAGUGCUAAGCCAGGAUUGCUAAGCAACACUGAAGAGAAAAGCGUCUCUGUGGAAUCUCAGAACAAACAAAUAGGAAAGUCCAAGGUGACAUUUGAGGGAACUAGUGAGGAAUACAAGGAAAGUGAUGCUGUAUUGUUCUUCGAUGGUAAGACACUUCGAUUGGAACUGCUUGAUAGGGCAGUUGAGCAACUGCGGCAUAUUCAAAAGCCUGGCGAGUCUUCAACUGCUGCUGAUGGUGUUAAUCAUUCACCGUAG